GUGAAACAUAACUUUAAUGGAGAACACGCAUGCAGAUUUGGAAUCAACAGAGUUUCUCCUUAAUAUCUAUUUUUUGUAGCGAAUAUAAAUAUACACUAUGGGUACAGUUCCAGAAAACAUCAAGAGAAAUGUCAGAGCUGUUCUUCUGUCAAAAGUAGGAGGAAUUCUAGUCAGUGAUUUUUCCAAAGACUACAAGAGCUUGCUUAAAGAACAACUUAAUUGGAGACAGAUUGGAUUUGAUAACAUGAAUGAUCUGAUUAAAGCCAUGCCAGAAGUUGUCAGGUUAGAAUUCAGUGAUAAAGAUAUGGCCUACAAGAUGUUUGGAAAAGUAGAUCCAAAUUCUUCAUACACACCACUUGCUGCAAAGUUAGCUGCUGAAAGUUCUACUGAAGGAAAGGCAGAUCGGAGAAGAAAUAAUUUUGGUAAUACAAAUAAAAACAGCAGUUUUGGCAACAUGAACAACAGCAAUGCUAAUGGUGAUGAUAAAUAUGGACACUUUCAACCUAAUAUGAGAGGACAUUACACACUGUGCUAUCCAAAGUUUAAAGAAAAUGAUGAUGUCUCCAAAGAGAUAUUAGAAGAAAAGUAUGGUGAAUUUCCAGGAUUGUUUGAAGUGCAUAUGAUUCCCAGAAUGAUUUUUCUUCGAUAUACUAUAAAAGAAAGUGCCAUUAAAUGCCUUGAAAAGUACGAGAGUGAAAAAACUUUAAGAAUUGCAGAAGAGAAAUGUGCAAAAGGUCCUACAAAUCAACCAAGAGGCCAGAAAAGGGAUGAUGAUAUGAUAAUGUCAAAGAAAAAGUCUGAUAAUACAGAUGAAGACAAUGAAGUAUACGUUGGGAAUUUAGAUAAAUCUGCGACAGAGGAUGAUGUUAGAGAACUUUGUGAAGAAUUUAAACCCACUGAUGUAAGAGUUAGAAAAGCUCGAAAUGAUGACAAAAAAGUAUUUUCAUUUAUUACCUUUAGUGAUAACAAUAGUGCUCAGAAUUGUGUACAAAAAUUAGAUAACCUUGAACAUAAAGGUCGCAAAUUGAACUGUAGAAUUGCUGUAAAAGAUGGCGGCCAACCAAAACAAAAUAGCAGAAAAGAAGAAUCAGGUGGUAAAACAUCGUGGGGGUCUGGAGGAGGAGGAGGAGGAGGACAAAGUUCUGGAAGGAGUGUGAUAGUAGACGAUGAUGAAUCCUGGGAUAAUGAAAACAAACGCAGCAGUACCAGUAGUAGUGCCAAGCCUGCAUCUUCAUUUUCAUGGAAAUCUGCUUUGAACCAGUCAGAUGAUAGUGCCCAGAAAACAUCUUCAUUUGGACAGACUUCGUUAUUUGGACAAAAUCCAUCACAGCAAACGUCAUCUUUUGGGCAGAAGACAUCAGAACAGACUACAUCAUUUGGAGAGAAAUCACCUCAGCAAAGUUCAUCAUUUGGGCAGAAAUCACCUCAGCAAAGUUCAUCAUUUGGGCAGAAAUCACCUCAGCAAACUUCAUCAUUUGGGCAGAAUUCACCAAAACAGACUUCAACAUUUGGACAAAAUAAGUCAUCAUUUGGACAAAGUUCAAGUCAGAAUUCUUCUUCCUUUGGAAAAGAAUCAGAGACUUCAAAUGGAGAUUCAGAACCAGCUACAGUGUUUUUUGGCAAUCUUCAUUCAAGUAUUACACAGGAAGAUCUUGAAGAUCUUGUGAAAGAGUUCUCACCAUCUCAGAUAAGAUUUAAGUCUGAUGGACGUAGAGUGUUUGCUUUCGUUGUAGUCCGGUCAGAAGCAGUUUGCAAUGAGUGUAUAAAUAAAUUUAAUCAAAUGGAGUGGAAGGGGAGGAAAAUUGCUUGUAAACUUUGUACCGAAAACAAACCAGAAAAACAGAAUAAUGCAUCAGCUUCAUCAAGUGGUAGUAUGCCGUGGAAAUCUGGCGGGGAUCAAAGUUCAAAUCAAAGUAAUAGAGGUCAAAGGUUAAGUAAUAACCAAGAUGAUGUAUCAUGGGAUACCGACAAAAAUCAUAAUGAUGUAAGUGCUAAGUUAGGUAAUCUGACAAUACAAACUAGUGAAAAUACUGAUUCAUCAAGAGUAGUUUCUCCACCAAAUAGACAACAAAGGUCAGGGUUACUUCAGGCCACAUCACCUAAAAGUAGUUCCCAGCAGAGGUCACCUUCAAGUUUCCAGAAGAAGUUGCCUACAAGUUUCCAGCAGAAGUCACCAACUAGUUUCCAGCAGAAUUCACCUACAAAAUUAAAUCCGUCCAAUUUUGAACAAUUUAGUCGAAGUCCAAAGAAAGCACAGAUGCCUGAUUAUUCUGGUAUGCCAGCCCUGGAACCAGCAUUCGUUGAUGAAAUGCCUUCUUUGGAACCAAUUGAUACUGAAAUAGAGCCAGUUGAAGUAUUUGUUGCUAAUUUUCCAUAUCACGAAACGACAGAUGAUUUGUAUGAAAUGUUUGAAUCAGUAGGAGCUGUAGAUAUGCAUAUGAUGAACUCCAGCAACACAAAUAAAACAACUGCAGCAAUUGUUUACUUCCUGGAUCAAGACACAGCAGAUAAUGCCAUACUUCAAACUCAUCAAGAAAUGUACAAGGGGAGAUUACUCUGGGUACAGAUAUACGAAAGGGACCCCAAUAAAAGAAGCAAUACUACAGAAACUUUGAAUUUGAGUAUAUCUGUCAAAACAGGUGCUGGUGGGUCUAGAUGUGUCAGUUUAGAUCAAAAUUCACACAGACAAUCUCCCAGGGAAAAUAAAAACAGAGUUUCAGGUGCAGAAAGUAUGGAUUCAUUGAAGUCAUCAGCUUCACCUGGUGCAGUAGGAAAGUCGUUGAGAAAUUUAAUGGUUACAUACAAGCUAGUUAUGAACAAGUUGGGAACUCGUGUUCGAGACAUUGUGUUCAAACCAUAUGAAGAAAUCGUAGUUUUUAUCACCUCAGUAUUUGAUGAGAAAACUUUCUGGGGACAGAUUAUUAAGGAUGCUGAUGUAUCGUCAUUAGAAGAUCUGGAAAACAUAAUGGAACAGUUACAACACCCCGACAGUAGAAUAGGUUUCACAAAAGGUUUAGGGAGAUGUACUGCUAAGGUUGAUGAUGAAUGGUAUAGAUCGUGGAUAAUAGCAGACAGAAGAGAUUUUACGAUAGAAGUAUUUAAUGUAGACUACGGAACAACAGCUGUAGUUAGUAAACAAGACGCAUCACUUACUGUACCAGAAGUCUGGGAUUUACAACCUCUUGUUCGACCAUUUAGGAUUAAAGAGGGAUCACAUAAGAUGGAUAAGACUAUGGAACAGAUGUUGUUUAAAGUGAAAGUCACUGCUACAAACGCUGACGAAACCAAAAAUGAAGAAAAUUCUUCAUUGCUUGGAGAAUUGAAGGGAUUUUUAACAGAAGUAGAAGUUUUAGGCCCUGCUGAAUAGUUACAGAGACCAUCUUAAGUGGAGGAUUAAUAUGGAGGCCAGAAAAGCCCAUUAGUUUUAACUCUGAAGUUGGAUAGACCCUUAAUGAUACAGAUAAAGUUACAGAUUGAGUUUAAUAGAAGGAAGACUUUAUAGAAGUUUGUGGAUAGUGGAUGAAAUCUUGUAGAAUUAUGGAACAAUUUUUAUAAACUUUUAUAUCAUUAUUAACUAUCAGUUUAAUAGCUUUUUAAGCAUAUGGUUAUUGUUAUUGUUUUUUUUUGUUUUUUUUUAUGAAUGAGAAAUGUCAUAAAAGAAUUUUGUAUUUUUCAAUUAACCAAUCAGUUUGUUAUACUUUACAUGUUAUAUGUGACUUUGUUUAGACUUAUUGAUAAGAAUAUACAUUUAAGAAUAUAUGAGGGUUUGGAUGGGGUGUACAGUAUGAAAUAAUGAGUUAAAAGUGAGAAUAAGGCCAAGAAAAGGAGAAUAAUGGG